AUGGAAAAGCACAAAGGCUUUCUGCAUAGCGUCGCGGAAGAGAAUUCUGCUCUGGCGACCGAGAUCGACCAGCUUGCCGCUCAAUCCCAAACACUGUCCCAAGACGAAUUCGACGUCGCCAUCAAACAAUGCCUCCUCAAGAUUUACGACGCCAUUAUCAAAAUGAGCCAACAUCGUGGUCAUCCACGGACACCCAGAUCGAAAGUCUUUGACGCGUGGGAAAGUUUACUGCAACCCAUCAAAGCCCUCACUCAACUGCCAUUUGGAGAUUUCCUUACUGCGCGUAUGCUGCUUUACCUUGCCAUGGGUCUCAGGGCCCAGAAAGCCCUUGAUCUGAAAACCUCCAGAGCCCUUUCUCUCAAGCCCGACUUCCCUUUGAAUCAAAUCGAUAUCGCCAUGGAUAACACUUUGCUACAAGCCCUUGGAAGGAUUUGGACCGACAGUGACAGCAGCGAAACAUUCGACUGGGCUUUCGGCGAGUACAGAAUCGGCCAUUGGAGGGUCGAAGACAGAGAGAAAGAGGAUGUAAAGCGCCACUACCUUACUGCUCAGGCACUCACUCCUACCGAAUUCGCAUCUCUAGACAGCAUUGGUGGAAAACGUUUCGUCUUUGCAAAGAAGAAUGAGUUGGAUGAUACGGAUGAUGACUGGUGGGCGCCCUUUAAAGGAAGCGUCCCCGGCGACAACUACGAAAGAAGCCGGUCCAAGGUUCACAUCCCCGAUGAUGAUGAGGUUGAGGCUGAUGAAUGGGUCUGCAAAACGGUUGGCACAGAUGGCCCCAUUCGCGAGCCGAUCAACUGUAGCAUCUUCGACGAACGCGAAAAUAGGAAUUAUUGUUCCGGCUUGGAUUAUUUCCCUCGUUCGUGUCAGUUCAUAACCGAUGCGAGACGAAUCGGGAAGCCAUUGUCGACUAUAAAGGGACGUAUUCUGGCGGAAAGGGGGUUGUCUCACGCUGGGAUCCCUCCAGAGCUACGAGCUGCAAUCUUCAGCUACCUUGAUCGACCGUUUUGGCAUGCCUAUCUAUCGAAAGUCGACAUCGUCAAGGCAUAUGCACCGUUUCCAAACAUAGAAAGUUGCUCCGAGUGCGAUCAGGACAAGCAAACAUGCCCUGUCAAGAGCAUGUAUAUCUGGAACGUGCCGCUCCGUACAUUCUUUGUAUUUCACCGAACCAAGUCUAACGUCAGAUUACUCUGCAAAUACGGAACAAACUGCCAAGGCCAUCACAAAGAUAACUCGUGGAAAAUCUCAAAGGAAAAGGAUUUUCAAGAAUACGUGGAAAAGAUCGUCAAGGAUAGAUGCGGAAGCACUACGAGUUUAUCUCAGGUUGGAUUUGCCCCCGCGACAGACUUUACACUGCGAGAUCGAGAGGAAGACGAGAAGCGAUCAGAAAGGCUGUUUCAUGAUCGUGGACCGAUCGAGGACAGUACGAAAGAGCAGAGGUUUAAUGGAGGAUUGUGGGGAUUGGUGGCGUCCAUGAUGCAUAAUAAGGUCUUGCUUGGAUCGUGGCAGGGAAUUGAUGAGAGUUCGACUUGUUCGACUGCUGCGGAAUGGGCUUUGGCACGAUGCCUUGCUGAUAAGGAGUGUGCUGAGACUGCCAUCAAAAAGAUGCAUUCUCGGUGUAACCUAUGCUGA